ACUCUCCCCAGCCCCACAGCCUCUGCAGCGCCCAGCCAUGGAGGCCAUCCGAAAGAAGAUGCAGAUGUUGAAGCUGGACAAGGAGAACGCCGAGGACCGCGCCGAGCAGGCCGAGGCGGACAGGAAGGCCGCCGAGGACAGAUGCAAGCAGGUGGAAGAGGAGCUGGCACAUCUGCAGAAGAAGCUGAGAGGCGUGGAGGACCAGCUGGACAGGCACAGCGAGGAGCUCAGGGACGCGCAGGAGAAGCUGGAGCUGAGCGAGAAGAAGGCCUCCGACGCCGAGGGCGAUGUGGCAGCUCUAAAUCGGCGCAUCCAGCUUGUGGAGGAGGAGUUGGACAGAGCUCAGGAGCGGCUGGCCACCGCCCUGCAGAAACUGGAAGAGGCGGAGAAGGCUGCUGAUGAGAGUGAGAGGGGAAUGAAGGUGAUCGAAAACCGGGCCAUGAAAGAUGAGGAGAAGAUGGAAAUCCAAGAGAUGCAACUCAAAGAAGCCAAGCACAUUGCGGAGGAGGCGGACCGCAAGUACGAGGAGGUAGCCCGGAAGUUGGUCAUCCUGGAAGGCGAGCUGGAAAGGGCAGAAGAGCGAGCCGAGGUGUCUGAGCUAAAAUGUGGCGAUCUGGAAGAAGAGCUCAAGAAUGUCACCAAUAAUCUGAAGUCACUGGAGGCCGCCUCUGAGAAGUAUUCUGAAAAGGAAGAUAAAUAUGAAGAAGAAAUUAAACUUCUGUCCGACAAGCUGAAAGAGGCCGAGACACGCGCCGAAUUUGCAGAGAGAACGGUCGCCAAACUGGAAAAGACCAUCGAUGACCUGGAAGAAAAACUCGCCCAGGCAAAAGAAGAGAACGUGGGCUUACAUCAGACACUGGAUCAGACGCUAAACGAACUUAACUGUAUAUAACCCAAACCGAAGAGCCUCGUGCCAGCAGAGACCACAGGGUUCCACGUGUUUGUCUUCUCUUGUAAGACAUUCCUAUUGUUAUUGCAUCUUUGCUUUGCUGGAUAUGUCAAGCCAAUUAAGAAUACGUGACCAAAUAUUUUAUAUAUCAGAGAAGCUUUGAGCACCAGUUCAAUCCAAUGCCUUCCUUUUUUUUUUUUUUUUUUCUUCCAAAUGGCACCAGCUUUCUCAGCUCUAUUUUUAGCCUGAAGUUGCAUGUAUUCCUAAGAUAGGCAGGGUAUUUCCUACCGAGCAUCCUCUCUAAAAGACUGAGAGCAUUUGGUUCCUGGGCAAAUAGACAACCCUCCUCCCCCUGAUUUUUCGAGAACACAGACUCUACAUAAUCUAUCUAGUCAUGGGUUGAUUUAAAAUGCUGGAGAAUAUAACCUUCUGGGCCCCUGUUGUGAGACCACAGGAAGCUGGUGACUGUCACAUUAAAAUGGGUGGGGAUUUUCCAUCCAGAGCAGGGGGGGAAAAAAAGGGCUAUUGUGGGAAGUCGUAAACCACAGAUCAACCUAAUCGCUCUGGCCCUUCUCCACACUCCGCUGUGCAGAAAUAACAUUCUCUGAGCAACCAGCAUGAGAGUGCUUGGGGAGUGGUCACCAUAAUUUCCCAAGGAUUUUCUGGAUAGUUCCUUGAGGUUAUGCUUUUCUCCUAGUUUCCUUCUCUGAGGAGCAGGUGCCUUGUGCCAACGAUGACCCAUGUUUGUCUGCCAUGAGUAUGAAGUUCAGUCCUGUUCAGGUCAGCCAUAUCAGAAGGCUGCUCGUCGCCAAUAAACUGAGCGAGCUUUUUUUUUUUUUUUUUUUUUUCCUGUUAACACAGUAUUAGGCAGAAGAGGCCUGUCUGGUAGCCAGAAAAGUUACUGGCUUCGUGUCAUCUCCAUACUUGAGGGAAUUGCAAAGUGAGGAUUUUCUGUAUGUAGGACUUUGGAAUUCCUUCGUCAGGACCAAGUUAAUAAAAAGACCAAGAAACUCCUGAUUAAACUGGAUAUGGAGUAUUUGGUAGACAGCAGCUGCACAUUUUCACUUUCUUACAUUUCUGCUUUCUCAGUUAACAUCUCAGAGUUGAAACAUUCCAUAUUCUCCGACAGUGUGGGGGCCAAUUCAAGUUUACAAUUCUGACUAAAAAACACCCUGCUUCUAGCUUACCUGAACCCCCUGCCCUUCACUUCUAUUUAUUAUUAAGCAUCACACUACCCAGGAGAUACACUAGCCAAUUGUGCAAUGGAAUAAAACCCACACUUUUCUUUAGAUUCUUGCAACUGUAUCAUAUGUAAUAGUAUCACUUUUUCUACAUUUUGGUCAAAUAAAUUUUUACAGAAACUCC